GCGACCCCUGCAGGGUCCGGGGAAUUGCUUAUAUAGUAUUCCAUGAAAUUUCUCUGGUGUCAUGGUCCCCAGCUCCCUUGCAGACAGACCUUUACACUUCCCCAGACUCCCCUGUGAGGAGGGAGGCUUUUUCUGACUAGUUCCACAUCUUGUCUUUUGCGCUGCAGCUGCCAGUGAGCGAGCAUGAGCAGUACCAAGUACCGGGACGCUUGUAUCAUCGCGACCGUCUGCUGCGUGACAAUCCUGAGUAUUUUUUUGACCGGGGCCACAAGCGUUGCUAUUACCACUAUCGGUAGGGACCUAAACUUUUCACAGGAGGAUCUCCAAUGGCCUCUGAACGUCUACUCCUUGUCGUAUGGAUGCUUGCUGCUACUCUGCGGCAGGCUGGCAGACAUGAUUGGUAGCAAGAGGGUCUUCCUCCUCGGUUCGGCAUGGUUCAGCGUCUGGAGUAUUGCAGCUGCUUUUGCAAGGAGUCCCCCGCAGUUCAUCGUCUUUCUUGGGCUUCAAGGCAUAGGAUCUGCGGCAAACACUCCAGCAGGCAUUAGCCUCAUCUCUUCGUACUUCCCACCAGGCAAGAAGAAAAAUACUGCGUUUGCGGUGCUCGGCGCUGGCCAGCCUAUUGGAUUUAUCACCGGCAUGAUCCUUGGCGGCAUCCUCAGUCAGUCCAGCGCGUCGUGGCGCACGAUCUUCUGGCUACAGGCCGGGUUAAGUGCGGUCCUUUGCGUUCUGGGUUGGCUAUGCCUGCCCAAGGACGAUAUGUUAGGUCGCUACAACAUGGGUUUGGACUGGGUGGGCGCUGUGCUCAGCACCACAGGCCUCGGGCUCCUGGUGUAUGAUCUUGCCGAGUCAACCGCGACCCCUAAGGGCUGGGCAACGCCGUUCGUCCCCUCCCUGUUGGGCACGGCCAUCAUCCUCAUUGUUUCUUUCGUCUUCUGGGAGCUGCGCCGUGAGGCCAAGGGCCAGUCAGUCCUACUGCCGAUGAGUCUGUGGACCCAACCAGGCGCGAAGAUGGGUCCCGUCAUCUUGCUCGUGUUCUUCGGCUGGUGGGGCUUCAACACCCUUGGUUACUUUGUACCUCUGUUCUUCCAGGAAGUUCAGUUGCUAAGCCCCUUACAGACUGCCGUUAGGCUUGUACCUAUGGGCAUCUCUGGUCUCGUCGCGAACGUUGCUACUGGAUAUCUCGUUGGUGGUGUCCCAGGGCAGAUUCUUGUUGUCAUUGGCCUGUCGUCUGCUAUGGCUUCCUGCAUCAUCUUCGCGCUAAUGAAGAUCACCGCGACAUACUGGUCCAUGGCGUUCCUCGUCAUGACUCUGCUUCCUAUCCUUGAUAUUGCGUACACUGUAGCCAAUAUGCAGGUGUGCUCGAGUUUCCCCGCCCAUUCCCAGGCACUUGCCGGCAGCAUCUUCAGCGUCGCCACUCGCCUGGGAACAUCUAUCGGCCUCGCCGUGACUUCAACCAUUGCCAACUCUGUCUCAGCCAAGUUCAACCGCCAGCAUCCCGAACUAGGUGCCGAGGACCCGGCGGUGCUCAUGGCCGGCUUCCGCGCAGCAGGAUGGACUUGCUGCGGCGCCAUCGUUAUUGCACUCAUCAUUGCCGCCGUCGGCUUGCGCGGCAUAGGGCUCGUCGGACAACAGCGCCCUGCCGCAUGCGCAGAGAAGUCCGACGGCGAUAUCGAGCUGGCCACGGGCAAGCGCAAGCCUUCGCCCGGCUCUGCGAACCUUGUUUCGGAGCGCGCGUCAAUCACGACGCUGGCGGCUGGGCGGGAGGCCUCCAACAAGCCUGGCAAAGCGGAGUCUGCGACCGAUAUGUGAACGGUAUGACGAGUGCACACACGAAUUCACGACCAGUACGCCUGACGUCCUCACGUCCUCAAAAGCCAUGAGAAGCUACGAGCUGCAUAGACGGCCUGUUUACGCAUGUAGCAUAGCGCGGUAGUAGAUUGAUCGCUUAGAGUCAUGGUUUAGUUCCGUCGGUUCACCCGUGCCCUGAAGCUGGCUCUUUCUUGUCUACGCUCGAAGCGCGUUUCUUUUUUCAUGUAAUAUACAUAUACACAAUCGUCAAUAUAUAGACUCGCACG